GUCCACAGCGGUUUUUUAAGUGCAUAUGAUUCGGUCAGAACAAAGCUUAUCUCACUUAUCAAGCAAGCAGUUGGAUAUGUAUUAAGUACAAGAGUUUUGAUAAAGUUGAAGAGAGAAAGUGGUGGCACAUUCCAAUAAUUACAGAACUUCUUGAGAAGAAUGGUCUUGAAUCUGCACUGAAGACAGUUCUUGGCACAGAGAUGGUGCAAGCACGUCAGUUUGUACAUUUUGCUUUUCCACGGCUUAAGUGGACUGAUCAAAGCAAUGACACUGGAAUUUGGAAGGAUCAGGCUUCAAAUGAAACUGAAGUAAUAGGAAAACAUAAUGAUCAUUUAGGAGAUUUCGCUGGUCCUUCAGCAUUAGAUAGAUCUGUAAACUAUUCAAACCAGUCAGACAGCCAUCCAGAUCCAGAGUGCUCCCCAAAUUUCUCAAACCUUGAUGAACAUAAAUCUUCAGAGAUUGAAGUUGUUGAAGCCUCACUGUCUGAUAAACAUUUUUGGAAAAACAUUGCUGAUAUUGUGAAUCAUAAUGUUGUUCAGAGAAUUGGUUUUCCUUCUUUUGAUAAAAUAAGGUGGGAUGAAUUUGACUUGUUAAAUAAGAUUGGGUUGCACAGUCUUAACAAGUUGCAGACGCCAGCUAUAUUGAAUCUGCACUUGCUACUCCUGAAAAGCAGGAAAGAACGUUACAAUCACGUGAAGAGUUGCUGUAAUAAUGGUUGCAUCAGGUGCCGAAAUGGACAGAUUUGGAAAUCGGCGUUGCACAUUUUUCAUAAAGGCCGGCAUUUGGGUCUACCAUUGCGCCCCCUUAGUCGGGUGGACGUGAUUCCGAUUCCUAAAAUGGAGGAAACAGAACUAGAACCUCUUGGGACCGACCGAUAUGAUUUUG